AUGUCUCACGAAGAAGAUCUUAUCGACUACUCCGAUGAGGAGAUUGGCGCCAACGAGACCGCCGCCGCCGGUUCCAACGGCAAGAAGGGCGAGCUCGCUGUGUCCAACGACGUCGACAAGAAAGGCAGCUAUGUUGGUAUCCAUUCCACCGGUUUCCGCGACUUCCUCUUGAAGCCUGAGCUUCUUCGCGCCAUUGGCGACUGUGGUUUCGAGCAUCCAUCGGAGGUCCAACAAACCUGCAUCCCCCAAGCUCUUCUUGGCGGUGACAUCAUCUGCCAGGCCAAGUCUGGUUUGGGCAAGACUGCUGUUUUCGUCCUCGCCACUCUGCAACAGGUUGAGCCUGUAAAUGGAGAGGUUUCGGUUGUGGUCAUGUGCCACACCAGAGAGCUGGCUUACCAGAUUCGCGAUGAGUACAACCGUUUCAGCAAAUACAUGCCCGACAUCAAGACGGGCGUGUUUUACGGCGGUACUCCCAUCAAGACAGAUGUGGAGACCCUCAAGAACAAGGAAACCUGCCCUCACAUCAUAGUCGGUACUCCUGGUCGUCUCAAGGCACUUGUUCGCGACAAGGCCCUUCGCCUGGGCAGCGUUCGCAUUUUUGUUUUGGACGAGUGCGACAAAAUGCUGGAUCAACCUGACAUGCGCACUGACGUUCAGGAGGUCUUCCGCGUGACUCCUACCCAGAAGCAGGUCAUGAUGUUCUCCGCUACGCUCUCUGAUGCUAUCAAGCCCAUCUGCAGAAAGUUCAUGCAGAACCCUACUGAGCACUAUGUCGACGAGGACACCAAGCUCACCCUUCACGGUCUCCAGCAGUACUUUAUCAAACUGCUGGAAAAGGAGAAGAACAGAAAACUCAAUGAGCUUCUGGACGACCUUCAGUUCAACCAGGUCAUCAUUUUCGUCAGGAGCACGGCUCGUGCGACAGAACUGGACAAGCUGUUGCGCGAGUGCAACUUUCCCUCCAUUGCCGUACACUCCGGUGUUAGCCAGGAGGAACGUAUCAAACGUUACAAGGAGUUCAAGGAGUUCAAGAAGAGAAUCUGCGUGGCUACGGACGUUUUUGGUCGCGGCAUUGAUAUUGAGCGCAUCAACCUGGCCAUUAACUACGAUCUCCCUGCCGAUGCCGACUCAUAUCUCCACCGUGUAGGUCGCGCUGGACGUUUCGGUACCAAGGGUCUGGCCAUUUCGUUUGUCAGCUCGGACCAGGAUCAGGAGGUUCUCAGGGAGAUUGAAAAGCGGUUUGAAGUUGCGCUGCCUGAGUUCCCCAAGGAGGGUGUUGAUGCCAGCACCUACAUGGCUUCUUAA